GCGGGAGCGGCCCGGGGAGCCGGAGCGCACCAUGGAGGCGGCGGCGGGCGGCCGCGGCGGCUUCCAGCCGCACCCGGGGCUGCAGAAGACGCUGGAGCAGUUCCACCUGAGCUCUAUGAGCUCGCUGGGCGGCCCGGCCGCCUUCUCGGCGCGCUGGGCGCAGGAGGCCUACAAGAAGGAGAGCGCCAAGGAGGCCAGCGCGGCUGCCGUUCCGGCGCCGGUCCCCGCGGCCGCCGAGCCGCCGCCCGUGCUGCACCUGCCAGCCAUCCAGCCGCCGCCGCCCGUGCUCCCCGGGCCCUUCUUCAUGCCGUCCGACCGCUCCACUGAGCGCUGCGAGACCGUGCUGGAGGGCGAGACCAUCUCGUGCUUCGUGGUGGGCGGCGAGAAGCGCCUGUGCCUGCCGCAGAUCCUCAACUCGGUGCUGCGCGACUUCUCGCUGCAGCAGAUCAACUCGGUGUGCGACGAGCUGCACAUCUAUUGCUCGCGCUGCACGGCGGACCAGUUGGAGAUCCUCAAAGUCAUGGGCAUCCUGCCCUUCUCGGCGCCCUCGUGCGGGCUCAUCACCAAGACGGACGCCGAGCGCCUGUGCAACGCGCUGCUAUACGGCGGCGCCUACCCGCCGCCCUGCAAGAAGGAGCUGGCCGCCAGUCUGGCGCUGGGCCUGGAGCUCAGCGAGCGCAGCGUGCGUGUGUACCACGAGUGCUUCGGCAAGUGCAAGGGGCUGCUGGUGCCCGAGCUCUACAGCAGCCCGAGUGCCGCAUGCAUCCAGUGCCUCGACUGCCGCCUCAUGUACCCCCCGCACAAGUUCGUCGUGCACUCGCACAAGGCGCUGGAGAACCGGACCUGCCACUGGGGAUUCGACUCGGCCAACUGGCGGGCGUACAUCCUGCUGAGCCAGGACUACACGGGCAAGGAGGAGCAGGCACGCCUUGGCCGCUGCCUGGACGACGUGAAGGAGAAGUUUGACUAUGGCAACAAGUACAAGCGGCGGGUGCCCCGGAUGCUCCCGCCCGGUUUUCUCUGGGCGCCCCUCCAGCGGAGUGUCAGAGUCUCGGUCUCCUCCGAGCCCCCGGCCUCCAUCCGGAAAACAGAUGACGCCCCCUCACAACUCCCCCCGUCUUCUGAGAAGGACAAACAGUCUGGCUGGCUGCGGACCCUGGCUGGCCCCUCCAGCAAGCAGAGCCUUGGCUGCGUUCACCCUCGCCAGCGCCUCUCCGCUUUCCGACCCUGGUCCCCCGCGGUGUCUACGAGUGACAAAGAGCUCUCCCCACACCUCCCAGCCCUGAUUCGAGACAGCUUUUACUCCUACAAGAGCUUCGAGACCGGUGUGGCCCCCAAUGUGGCCCUGGCGCCGCCUGCCCAGCAGAAGGUUGUGAGCAGCCCACCAUGUGCCACCGUUGUCUCCCGGGCCACUGAGCCUCUAGCCACCUGCCUCCAGCCACGGAAGCGGAAGCUGACCGUGGACACUCCUGGAGCCCCAGAGACACCAGCGCCCGCAGCUGCCCCUGAGGAUGACAAGGACUCAGAAGCCGAGGUGGAGGUGGAGAGCAGGGAGGAAUGUACGUUCACCUCUUCCCUGUCUUCGCUCUCGUCCCCAUCCCUCACCUCAUCCAGCUCUGCCAAGGACCUGAGCUCCCCAGGUGUGCAUGCCCCCCCUGCUGUGCCCCCCGCCCCUGAGGUGGCAGCCCCUGCAGACACCACGAGUGGUGGGCUGGAGGCAGAGUUGGAGCACCUGCGACAGGCCCUGGAGGGCGGCCUGGACACCAAGGAAGCCAAAGAGAAGUUCCUGCACGAGGUGGUGAAGAUGCGCGUGAAGCAGGAGGAGAAGCUGAGUGCCGCGCUGCAAGCCAAGCGCAGCCUCCACCAGGAGCUGGAGUUUCUGCGUGUGGCCAAGAAAGAGAAGCUGCGGGAAGCCACAGAGGCCAAGCGCAACCUGCGGAAGGAGAUUGAGCGCCUUCGAGCUGAGAAUGAAAAGAAGAUGAGAGAGGCCAAUGAGUCCCGACUGCGUCUAAAGCGGGAGCUGGAGCAGGCACGCCAGGUGCGGGUGUGUGACAAGGGCUGUGAGGCCGGCCGCCUGCGCGCCAAGUACUCGGCCCAGAUCGAGGACCUACAGGUGAAGCUGCAGCACGCAGAAGCGGACCGUGAGCAGCUCCGGGCUGACCUACUUCGGGAGCGCGAGGCCCGGGAGCAUCUGGAAAAGGUGGUGAAGGAGCUGCAGGAGCAGCUGUGGCCGCGGCCCCGGCCCGAGGCAGCGGGCAGCGAGAGCACGGCUGAGCUGGAGCCCUAGUGGAUCCCACUGUGUGCCGCUGCGGUGCGGACGCCACAGGGAGCAGGCGGGCAGGCAGCCCAGGCCAGCCGGGGGCUCGGGGGCUCUGCGUGCCGGCGGGCCCGCCCCCACGUCCACAUAGCACAACGUCUUACUGUGCCUCUAACCAAGCGAGUGUUUGGAACCACAUACUUUUGGAAUCCACUGCAAAAUUUUCUACUGGCCAAGUUUGAGUGUGCAAGCCGGGUUCCCAGCUGCGGCUGGAGUGGAGGCUCCAGGCCCGCAGAGGGCCUCUGCUUGCUGGAACGUUCUAACAUUUACAUUUUUGUUAUAAGCUAUUUAAAACCAAUAAGAAGACUUGAUACUCAGAAAAAAAAUCAACAGGUUUUUUAAUGACUAACUUUUAAAAGCCCCACCAACACGUGAUGCCAUCCUAGGACCUGCCGGGGCGCAGCCACCCCGCCCCUUGAAGCCAUCGCAGCUCGUCCGUGGCCGAGCAAGGACAGGGAGGGUUUUCUCCAGAGUCUAUUUUUUCAACGACGAGGACCCGGGCCUCCUGUGCCGCCGCUGGGGAAGAGCAGGGAGGCCGCCACAAGCCGCAAGCCGUGCCGAGCCAGGCCACCACCUCCGCCUGCCUGCCCACCCGGCGGCUCCAGAGGGGGCUCAGUGCCGGGCCCGCCCCACCGCGGCCGCCCUCCCUAGGCCACUCCUGUCGCGUUGGGACCGAGGCCGCGGUGUUGGAACAAAACAGCAUUACUUCACUUUUUUUCUUUUUGUUUGUUCAUUUAAACGUAUAUUUAGAACUGCACUUUGUCAAAAAUCUUCCCUUCUCUUUUUAUUCCCCAGUUAACUGAGGUUUUUACUUUUCAAAUAUCGCAGCCCCAUUUAUAGAGGAGUCCACAUCCUAAGUGCUCGAGUGUUUAGAAACCCCCUCUGGUGCUUGGUUGAACAAGGGAAUCACAAAACGAAAAUGCAAAAACUGACUUGGGGGGUAGUCCUGUGCCUUCCAGCAUCUUGUACAGCAAACCCUGACUUGUCUUCUUACCCCCGAGAUACUGUCUUCAGUAGCGAUGGAAUCUGCCACUAUCAGAAUAAGUUACUUGCAUUUAUUCCAAAUAAUCUCGUUUACUCUCAACUGUUCAUGCAAAUUGUAUAAGGUUUUUUAUGCCCAAGCUUGAAAAAAUGAUUUUCCAGUAGACGAGAGGCGGCUCCCCAUCCUGAAUUACGGUAUUUAUGUAUGUGAGGAAGAUCUUACCAGAAUUCUUCGCUUGACCCCGUUCUAACACCGAGGCAGCUGUGAGCGCGGACGGAGGGGGAGACGGCUGGCACAGGUACAGGCGCCGCCUGCUGCAGCGCCCACCAGAGGUCUGGUGAUGACAUCAUCUGCGGGGCUCCAGCCCGUGGUUUACGGGGGGCAGGGCGCAGGUGCUGCUGGACCCCCCCUUCUAAAGUGCAAUGCAAAAGGGACAUCAUAUAUAUGCAGCGUUUGUUGGGAUUUUUUUUUUUUUUUUUGCUUUUGUUUUUCUUUUGCAGUUCCAGAAUUUGUAUGCAUGGAAUGUUAACCCUCUGCCGUAUGUGUCCCCAUUGAUGGGCAUUAUUACCGGGUCCCGUGAGGGGCCUGUGUACUACACAACACUCAGAAUGCUGUGUCCGGCCAUGUUUCUCCGGAGUUGUUUUCUCAGUCAUUUCUUCAAGGGAAACUAAAUGAUUCAGUUGGAACAGAGCUUCAUGUGUGCCCGUGUGCUUCUGUGUGGCUGUGCUCUGUUGCCAAGUCUGAAAGUCGGGAGAGAUCUAGGGGCCCAGGGCUACCUGUUCACUGUUCGGUUUGGGGCUCCGGAGGGUGGGGAGCUGCUCUGAGCUGUGUCAGGGCCCCGUGCUGCCCACCUCUGCUCACCAACUCCACUACUGGGUCCUUGCCUCCUAGUGGCAGCUCUGUCCCGGAAGGUCAGGGAGAGCUGGCCGAGCCUGGGCAGCUCGGGGGCAACCCAGGCCCGUCCCUGCCGUCCCUGCCGUCCCUGCCCAAGGGGCCCAUGGCCCACCAGAGCUGGGGUGGCUCCCUCUGGUCCCAGGCAGCUCUCCCUGGGUGAAGUGGGUGAGGAGAUGAGGGGGCGUCGGCUCGUGCUGGCUGCUUCCAUCCUUCCAUCCUCGGGGGAAGGGGGCCUGGGUCCCAGGAGCCUGAGACCUGGCUUCCGUUCGUGCAGCUGUGUUUCAGUUUCCCUGCAGAAGGGAGGAAAGGGAUCUAUCCUGUUGGCUGUUGACUCUCCCUGUGUGUAAUAUCCAUUAUUCCAAAUGAUUGUGUAUUCAGUUUAAUUACUCAUUAUUUCUAUGCUGAAAGAGGAUUUUUAACGAAGGGAAAAACAACAGCAAUAACAUUCAUAUCUUUGGAGCAGCUAACUCACACACAUAAUAUCCUGCUUUUCGUACAGAACUAGCCCCGUGUAAAAACGGUCCCCCUGUAAAUACCGUUCCUUGACACUGUUGUAUCACACGCGUGUACGGUGGUUCCUUUUUCAGAAACUUUUCUUACCUGGUAGUUGUCUCGUUUUCUGGGUUGUUUUUAACUGAGGAAGAACAGCUCACCUGCCGGAGGGACGGACCCCCCCGCCAGCCCCUACGGCGCCCCCGGGCCCUGUCCUCCCACCCCUGCCCGCCCACUGCGUCCACCAGGCUCAAGAGGCCGUUUUGUUCUUGCUUUAAGUCAGGAGUCACAAGCGACAUUUUUUUUCAGUUAAGGAAAAAAACACAGCUCUACCUUUAUAUCCGCCAGGAGCGUCUGCACCGCUGUUCCCUCCUUUGCUGCUGCUAAUGACAACAUGAUGACUUACUCUACUAUCGAAAACUAUUUUUAUGUAAUUAAUGUAUGCUUUCUUGUUUAUAAAUGCCUGAUUUAAAAAGAAAAAAGAAAAAGCUUGGCAUAUUUAUCUA